GAGUGCCUCCCGCUUUGUUAUGGAGAACACUGACUAAGAGAAUGAUGGCAAGAACAGUGAGGUCUCUGCAGAUCAUCUUCUUGCUGUUGGUUGUUCUUUGUCUCAGCAACUUUAUUGCAAGUGCAGAUGAGAUCAAAUAUAAAGGUGACAAUUGCACCAUUAAGUGUCCUGAACCUGAGAAAGAAGCUAUGGGUGUGAGUCUGUUAAGGAGACGUGAGAUCAGACAAGAAGUUCUCUACUACUUUUUUAAAAAUGGAAAAAUGACUCUCCAUCCAGACUACGAGAAACGUGUUAAAGUCGAAUAUGACAACAAGACUCUGACUAUACACAUCACUAACCUACAACCGACAGACACUGGGGCCUACUGGUGCACCUGUAAUACUCUGCCAAAAUCUGAAGAAUGUAAAAUAGGAGAUCAAGGUGUUUUUCUUCUGGUGCAUGAGCGACUGAUCGAACCAGCCCCUUCUGCAAGUGAUAAGCCGGGUGGCAUGAAUGACCUUAUGAUACCAGUGAUGGCUCUGACAGCUGGCAGUGUGCUCUUACUGUUACUCCUUGUGUUUGGAGUGUGGUUCGUUCCCAAGAUAAAGAAAAUGAUCAGAAAAAGAGAAGAAGAGAAAGUAGAAGAAGAUGAGAAAAGGUGUAACAAUGGAGUGUACGAGGUCAUGACUAUUCAACGAAGGACUGAGUGUAUAUAAAGCAUUCACAUAUACCCCUUAUAUCACAAAAUUAUUUUUUUUAUAAUGCCAAGUUAUAUAUUUAUAUAAAAAAAGAGUAACUUGUUUUUGUACUGUUGUGCUUAAUGCUGUGACUCAUUCAGCUCAUUUAGUCCCAUGCACCUACUUAAGAUCAAUCUGACUGAGGUUGGGAUUCUGACCUAUACUGAAAUAUGGUAACAUUUGUGGAUUUGGAUAAAUGAGUCAAUCUCUUUUCAAUGUCUAUAUUUAUUUCAACUUUGCAUGAAUGUUCAAAACCUUAAGCAUUAAAUGAGUGAUUAUGUUUUGGCUGUAGAUACUAUGCUUUGAUUCUCUUUUAUUACCUAUGCAUUUGUUUUUUUCAGUAUUCAGGGAAUGAGUUUGUGUAUGUGGGUUCUACAUAUUGUGUAAUAAAGUGUAUCGAACUGAACUGAAUAAUA